AUGAGUGCCGAAAUUGAUCCUCAGUUUUUUUUGUUCCCCCCGGGAAUGGAAAAAAGGAAGGAUCGAAGUAAAUUGUUGGAGGAUGCGGGAAAUUUCUAUAAAAAACUUUUUGUUAUAUAUGCUAAGCAUGUCAAAAGCAAUAGUCAGGCCUAUGAUAACAUUGAGCAUCUACAAAAAAAAGCAUCAGAAUUUCUUAAGUUGGUAAAAAGGGCAUCCAUUCAUGACAAAACUGGAAUAUUCUCCAAGCCGAUCAUUUCAAUUGCAUCCGAUACGAUUGAUACAGUUGAACCCAUCGCUAUCACUGUCGAUAAAGUUGUACCAAAUACACCGGCUCCCUGUUCACAGGUGGCGGAGCAGUCUGAUGUUGAUAAACAUAAUGAUUCAGAUGGUGUUUUUACAACAAGAAUGUCCAAUGAAAUUCCUGUAAAUGACGUGUCAAAGACGGUUGAGGGUAGUGUAUCAAUUUCCUCUGAGACUACUAUUGAUUACUAUGUCAACUCGUCCAGGGAUGCUCAACAAAUUGAUCAAAAUGAACUAUCUGACGAUAAUAUAUCUGUAUCAAGGAUGGAAUUUCGCCCCGAAGGAUAUAAAUUGGAAGGUCCAGAAUCAUUUCAUAAUGUGACAGGCAUCAUUGGUGAAAUUAAUCAAAUAGAUGAUGAUGAAAGUGUUGUAACUAGUGAAUCUAUAAAUGAAACCCAUGCACAGUAUGGUAUUGAUGAUAAGCAUGAAUUUGUUGAGGAAGUUCAAAAUGUUAGUUGCAGCACUUUUAAAUCAACGAAUGAUUUCAGAUUAGAUGAGACAAAUGUAUCUAACUUUAAUGGUAGAAUUGUGGAGGAUUUAUGCAUUUUGAAACAUGAAAAUACCAAAUUUGACACUAUAAGCAUCCACUCAAGCAAUUCAUAUAAUCAACUUGAGGAAAAGGAACACUUUGACAAAUCAUCUCAGACACACAUUCCUAUGCCUGUGGCAAACAAUGUCAAAAACAUAACUUCGCAUGAAAUUGUUAAUUACAACAUUUACUGGGAUUCUACGGAAAUAUUUAAUAAAAAAUUGAGUCACACUUCCUACCGCAUUGUAUUGACACUAUUUGUAGCGUCUAUAGUUUCUAUUGGCUGUACCACAGCUCUAAUUUUUUCGUACAACGACCGAUUAACUACAGUAAUACCACUGAUAGCACUGUGUGUAUAUGGCAUUGCAUUUGGAUUCAUCCCAAAUUUCAACCUCGAAGUUUUAAAUAGCAUUGCCCAUGAUUGGAAGGAGCAACUUCAUUUAAGUGAUACAAUUGCUGCGCAAUUGCCCAGUGCUGAUUGGAUAGGCAAUUAUACCAAGAAUGCGUUGCGUUUUCAUUACUCCGAACGAUUGAAAUGGAUGGGUUUGUUGUUAAUUGGAGUGUCUAGCGUGGGUGUUUUGAAUAAAAACUUCUUAAUUUGGCCUUGGGGCACAUGGGAAUGGAUUUAUACAGUUUCGCUAGGUGUUACUCUUUCGUUGUUUACAAUUUUUCCAAUGACAUCCACCACAAUGUUAGCAAAAUUUGGUACACAUUUUGCUCUUAAAACAAUAUUUUCUCUGUACAAAUUGCAAACAAAUGGUGUUUGUUCACUAUCUCUUUUCGGCGAAAGUUCGCCCUUCCUAAUCAAACGCACCGACACUAUUCCAUCGCAUCAAAUAUCCCAAAUAGAUACUAAUAAAAUUAGCUAUUUAACGUUGGUAAAUGUGGGAAAUGAUGGUAGAUUUUGUCUGUUUGAGGAAGAUCAGUAUAUGACAAUCUACCCCCCUAUCACAACUCACAGGCACAACAAUACCAUUGUGUAUAUCACGGGCAAAUAUAUGAGAACUGAAUGCCCAAAUUUCUAUGUUUUUAGCGGUGGAUUGUUUGAUAGGUUGUUAUUUUAUUACGAUUUGAGGAAUUUAUUUCUGACGAAUUUCACUAUUGCUCUGGAAUUUGAUACAAAGUUUGCACUCGAUACUUUUCUUGGCAAGCUAAACAUAUUGUCAACUACUGAUAAUUUGGUUAGUUAUCAUGGCUUUGAUUUCGUCUAA